GGGGCUUGAUCCCACAAUCCUGGGAUCAUGACCUGAACCGAAAUCAAGAGUCGGAUGCUCAACUGAUUAAGCCCCCUGGACGCCCCAUUUACUUCUCUUUUAAAUGAGGAGAGGGAUGAGUAUAGGCAUUCAUCAGUGUAGACCUAGUCAGUGACCUGAGUAAAGAGCACAGUCUUUUGGGGCACCUUGGGAUUCUGCUGGCUUGUGAGCCCUCUCUCAAGAUAAAGAAAUAAACUUAAAAAAAGAAGGCAGUCUUUUAAAAUAGUACUUAUAACAGUUUGCUUAUACAUCUCUUAUCUAGGACCUCAGAACUUCAAGGUGUUCUCAGGGACCGGGGGAAAAGAGACAUUUUCCCAGGGUGUUGGGGCUGGCUAGGCUUUCCCUCAGAGUUGUUCUUUAUCAAGGAGCAGUUGUGUGGAUUUUUUUCCUUUUGUUCCUCAGUUCAGUCUCCUGGUAUCACCUCUGUUCUCCAGAGGUGAGGCAUGAACCAUGCCCCAUUCAUUGGCUUAAGUCUCUGAUCCCCAGUAAUCUCUCAACCUGGAAACUAAUUAUGCAGCUCUCCUCCUUGCUUAAUGGGUUGUCUUUCCAGCUUCAGAAUGAAUUCAGUGGGGAAGAAGGCUGGACCAACCCCCUUGGCAUCUGGUAUCUGGGCCUGAAACUUAGUGGUGGUAACAACUUAGCUGGGCCAGGUGGCAACUCAGGCCUUGCAUCAUCCUAGGUCGAGCCCCUCGGGGCCGCUUGGCCAAUCAGAUCCCCCCUGAGAUCCUGAACAACCCCCAGCUGCAGGCAGCUAUUCAAGUCCUGCCUUCCAACUAUAACUUUGAGAUUCCCAAGACCAUCUGGAGGAUUCAACAGGCCCAGGCCAAGAAGGCCCUCUGCUCUCAUGUCUCUUCUCUUAUCUUUCAGUGGCCUUGCAAAUGCCUGAAGGCCUCCUCCUUUUUGCCUGCACCAUUGUGGAUAUCUUGGAAAGGUUCACAGAGGCCGAAGUGAUGGUGAUGGGUGAUGUGACAUAUGGGGCCUGCUGUGUGGAUGACUUUACUGCGAGGGCCCUGGGAGCUGACUUCCUGGUGCACUAUGGCCACAGCUGCCUGGUUCCCAUGGACACCUCAGUCCAAGACUUCCGGGUGCUGUACGUCUUUGUGGACAUCCGGAUAGAUACUACCCACUUCCUGGAGUCUAUCCGCCUCACCUUCCCCCCAGCCAGCUCCCUUGCCUUGGUCAGCACCAUUCAGUUUGUGUCCACCUUGCAGGCAGCUGCCCAGGAGCUGAAAGCGGAGUAUCGUGUGAGUGUCCCACAGUGCAAGCCCCUGUCCCCUGGGGAGAUUCUGGGCUGUACGUCCCCCUACCUGCCCAAAGACGUGGAGGCUGUUGUAUAUCUUGGAGAUGGCCGCUUCCACCUUGAGUCUGUCAUGAUUGCUAAUCCUGGUGUCCCUGCUUACCGAUACGACCCAUACAGCAAAGUCCUAUCCAGAGAGCACUAUGACCACCAGCAUAUGCAGGCCAACCGCCAAGAAGCCAUAGCCACAGCCCGCUCAGCUAAAUCUUGGGGACUUAUCCUGGGCACUCUGGGCCGCCAGGGCAGCCCCAAGAUUCUGGAGCACCUGGAAUCUCGGCUCCAAGCCUUAGGACUUCCGUUCAUGAGGCUGCUGCUCUCUGAGAUCUUCCCCAGCAAGCUUAGCCUGUUUCCUGAGGUGGAUGUGUGGGUGCAGGUGGCAUGUCCACGCCUUUCCAUUGACUGGGGCACAGCCUUCCCCAAGCCGCUGCUGACACCCUAUGAGGCAGUGGUGGCCUUGAGGGACAUUUCCUGGCAGCAGCCCUACCCUAUGGACUUCUACGCAGGCAGCUCCUUGGGGCCCUGGACAGUGAACCACGGACGGAACCGGCCCCCCCAGGCCCUGGGCCGGCCAGCGCUGGAGAAGGAGGAGCCCAUGCGCCCCACUCCAGCCGAGGCUUGUGACGAUUGCAGCUGCAGAAAAGAAAAGGGAGCGCCGCUGAUCCCAUGAGACCCUGCUCGGCCUCAGAGCUCUGUCUUCCGGAGGAACAGCCUCGAGGCUGGUGGUUUUCAGAACAGGAGGCAGACAUUUUCAACGCCCUGAGCCAUCCCACAGU